AUUAAAACUAUUUAUUUAUUUGUUUUUAUUUAUGAAAUCACUAAAUUAAACUAAUAUAUUUAUGAAAAAUCCAAAUUAUGCUUUUAAAUUGAAAAACAAAAAUGACGUUUACGCAUUACAUGAAACUUGUGCCUGCUGAAUGCGAUGAAAAAACAAGGAAUUACAUAGAAGGGAAAUUAAAUGAACUGGAUGCGUCAAUAAGACUUUUAAAAAUCAAAUGCGGUAUGUGCAAAGUUGACCGGGCCAUGUUCAAAGAGAACCGAGAAAUUCUCGCAGCUAAUCUGAGAACAAAGUUCCCGAACUCGAUGGUACUACUUAAAGGAAACGAUUUGAUCAUAUCGCCUGAUUGUUCAUUCUGUUUCCAACAGGACUCGUAUUUCUAUUGGGCUUUCGGCGUGGAAAAACCGAACUUGUGGGGUGCAGUCGAUGUAGAGACAGCUAAGUCCUAUAUUUUUUUGGACUGUCAUGUCAAUAAAAACAUUUCUUGGAAAAAGAAGUACAAGAUAGACAAGGUGGUUCCUCUCUCUGACAUGAAACAAGAGAUUUCCAAACUCGGUCGUAAUAUAUUCCUCGUUUUGUCAAACAUGGACGAGGAAAAGUUCAACAAAAUGAGCGAUAACAAAAUCGUGUCAAUUUUCGCCACAUGCGGGAUAUGGAUGUGCAACACAGUGCUUACUCCAAUCUUCAACGAAUGCCGCAUGGUUAAGUCGUUGGAAGAACAGACAAUCAUGGCUGUUGCUGCGAACCUUAACAGCGAAGGAAUGGUAUACGUCCUGCGGAAUAUGAGACCGGGUCUCACAGGGUACUCCUUAGGCGCACUAUUCGACCUAUAUACGAUGUCUAGUGCACUCCACGUGUCAAGAGCCAGACCUAUAUCCUGCCUUGCCGGAGACAAACUGUUUUGUUUGGAUCAUCGACAAUCCACCUUUCAUUUGACAGACAACCUCAAAUCCGGCGGUCUGUGCAUUCUCGAUAUGGGGAUAGCAAUGCGCAACUAUAGGACCAACUUAAUCGUUACGGUCCCAGUUAAUGGCAUCUUCUCUGAUUCUCAAGCGAUUAUCUAUAAUAUCGUACUAGAAAUGAUGUCAGUCAUGCUCGAUCAAUUGAAGCCGGGUAUAAAAUUUGCACAAGUAGCAAAUGCAGUUCGGAAGAAAAUGGUAACAUUAAUGAUUCAAAAUUUCAUUCUAGAAGGAACGAUUGACGAUAUAAUAGAUUCUGGAAUAUGCGAUUUGUUCUAUCCUCACGGUAUAGGUCAUUUUAUGGGAAUCGAUUUUUACGAUUGCGUAGAUGAAACAGAUAUACAGUCGAAAGAGAACAAUGGAGUCCCAUCCAUCCAUCACUUAGUGGCCAAGGAAGGCAUGAUCUUGGCACUUAAUAGUGAACUUUUCAUCAAUGAGUUAAUGAUCAAGAAGUGGUUGAAAACUUCAGCAGGUGUUCAUCUUCAAUCUCGAUACCUAACUAGUUACUUCGGUCUAGCUGCGCGGAUCCAAGACAUCGUUGUUAUAGAGUCACAUUCAGUAAAAUUAAUGUCAAAUCUCCCUAGAACAAUAGAAGAUAUACAAAAGACGAUGUCAGAUAAGACGGAUAUACCUUUCAAAACACCCAGAAUAUGCCGCUCCAUUGAAAGAAAUACGCCAGAAACGGGAAAGUUUCCAGUUUCCAAGAGAAGAGAAACAAAUAGUGAGAUUUUUGUGGAUGGAGAUAGUGGUUACAGCGUAUUGAAGUUGAGGUGCGAUUACGAACCGAAGGAUGAAAAGCGGUUGGAUUUGUACAAAGCUUUGAAUGUGAUUAAGGAGAUCAGGGAAUGGAAACCUAUGAAGUACCUCAACCAAAUCAUGGAAGAGGUUUACGAAUACCCGGCCAAGAUCCCCAACUUGUUGGAACUAGUGAUGAUCCCUUUGAUCCCACAUAGAAGAAGGCCCAAGUUUCUUCCGUUCCCCAUGGCGACAUCUUCAACCGAAGCAAGAGGUAAGUUCCGUGAGGGGGGUUACGGCUGCCCUUAUUUCGACUGGAACGAAAAUUUCGAAUCGUGUAUGGCAAUUCAAGAAACCUGUUUAGAAGAAUAGUUAUUAUAUUUGUGGAUUAAUUAAAUUCAUUUGUUGAAUUAUAGAAUUGAUAUAACUGCAAUGUUCAUCUAAAAUACCUAAGAAAGGAACUUUUUUUUCUGUUGGCUCUCUUUAUCUCUUGCCCACAUAAAUGUUGCGUAUUAAUUACUUUUAAGCACACCAGUGAAUUUUUUAUGAUAUUUCGCAUUCGGAUUAAAAUAUUUCAUGAACUACAAAUCGGGC